AUGAUUCAGACACUGAUCGAUGGGAUACUGGCUGGCUCGAUAGAGUUCUCCGGUGUGGCAGGUGAAGAUCAUGACUUGAUGGAUGAAGAUGUUGAAGUUCAGGAAGACGUGGAGCAUCAACCUAGGACACCAGGCACCCUGCAGAAACACUCCUCAGACAGCCUGUCCGAGGAGCAGAAGAAGAAGAUUCAGCUGAUGCAUCUCAACAUGGGACACCUGUCCAAAGAGCAGAUGCUCUCCAUGCUCAAGGCGGCAGGCGCCAGGGAGGGCGUCUUGAAGUUUGUGAAAGAGAAGUUCGAAUGUUCGUAUUGCAUGAGACAGAGAAAGCCCGUGGAGCGAAGGCAUGCGACGAUUCCCAGAACCUUCUCCUUCAAUCGCAUCAUAGGUCUUGACUUCUUCUACUUGUCCUUUGGUGGUCGGACCUUUGCCUUUCUCAACGCUGUUUGUCAUGGGACCAAUUUUCAGCAAGUUGGCGCGUUGAGGAACUAUGACGGAGGAGUUCCCUCAUCCAAGGAGAGCUGGUCCCUGUUUGCAAAAAUCUGGAUUCAACCAUUUGGCAUACCAGAGACAGUAGUGUGCGACGGUGGAUCAGAGUUCAAGCAACAUUUUGAGCGAGCAGCAGAACAGCAUGGCAUUUUGCAGAUCAUCGCGGACGCAGCAUCACCAUGGCAGAAUGGGCGUGUUGAGCGCCACGGAGGCUGGGUCAAGGAAAGAGCAGAGCUAGAGAUCAACUCCGGACAGACCGUGCUCAUAGAGCCCAACGACUUAGAAGAACUUAUUCUAGCGACAGUCUCCUGCAAGAACAGAUGGUACUCCAGAGGUGGCUACAGCCCAUGUCAGCGUGUUUUCGGGGUCAAUCCCCGAGUUCCAACGGAACUUCUCUCAGAUGAUGCCUUGCAAGAACUCGGUUGGGAGGAGAUUGAGUGUGAUGCUUUUGACCAAGACACCGCCACCGUAACCGUUCCCAGACCAGUGAUACCAGAAGGUGAUGAGAGUUCCGUUGCCGAUGCCGCGAGUGAGUCCACUAUGGGUUCCAAGAGGAAGUCAGAGCACAGUAUUUCAGUCUCUAGCCCCAACAAGAAGAAGAUCGUGGAGGAGAACAUUGCUGGGUCAGGACCUCAUGGAGUUAAGAGAACAGUAGAAGAUCAAGAACAGGCAAAUCUUGAGAAGAUAGCGCUCAAGACCCUUCGGAGACUCGAGCGCGAGGAAAAGAUGAGAAAGGUCAGUGAGAGAAAGGAUACGACGACCUCGGCUUCCUCCGAAUCAGCGGGUCCAGUUGACACUAACCCUAGCUCAGCAGCAACCUUGCUGCCCUCCUCUACUGAAGCCUCAGAGAAUGACCUCAUCACUCACGACCUCCAGUUGGCCGAGAUAGCUGAUCAGGGUUUCAACUUUUUCGAGCUCAAGAUUGAAAACUCAUGUCUGAUGACCAAACCUGUCAGGGCAAAGUCCCAGGAGUUCGAUAUGAGAUUUGCCACAGAAGAUGAGAAGAAAGGAUUUGAGGCCUCUGAUGAGGCUGAGUGGAAGACCAUUCUGGAUCUCAAGGUUGAAGCUAUGAUUUUAGUUGAAGUCGAUGAUCUGAAUGUGGCAGCCAAGAAGGACAUCAAAGAUGAGCUUCUCUCAGCAUUGAAAGAGCGUUUUCGCUUUGGGAAAAUGGAGUAUGACGAAGCAGAUUUCGCGGGAAGACAUGUCGGAGUUCUUCCAGGAAAAGUUGAGAUGAACCAGGAGAAGUACAUCAUCGAGAAGCUUCAUCCUUUGAGAUUGCCUUUAGGUCGCAGGAGUGACAAGUCUAGCAGACUGCAUUCGGACGAGUUCGAGGCCUUCAGAUCCAUGCUUUACAAAGUGGCUUGGGUUGCUCAUCAAACCCGACCAGAGGCAGCAGGAGUUGUGAGCAUUCUGUCUUCCAGAUUAAAGGAAGGAACUGUUGAAGACGUAUGCUGCUUAAACAAGCUCAUUCAACAUCUGAGGAACACAGCCCAACAAUCAUUUACCUUGCAUCGCUUCAGCAACGACAAGAUGAUCCUCAUUGCCGCCUCCGAUGCCGGGGGAGUGGAUAGUUUGCCUCCUGACAAGUCCUCAGAAGUCGAUAACGUGCAGGGAGCUUGGAUCAUCAUGGCAGCAGACAGACUUCCGAGCGCCAACCAGGGAAUCAAGGUCAGCAUUUUGAGCUGGAGAUCUUCCAAGCUUCGACGUCGAGUGGCUUCAACUCUCGCUAGCGAGGCCUUGGCCUUCAACCAGUCGUUGAGUGAGGUUGAAUGGAUUCAGAUCAUGAUCAGAGACAUUGUCAAUGGUGAUGUCAAAAGGACGGAUUGGACUGAAUCCUUGACACCUUACGCCCCAGUCUUGAAGGAGCACUGCAAGUUAGCGGAAAAGUUAGAACAAUGCCAUGUCACCGAUGCCAAGAGUUUGUUUGAUGCUUUGCAGAAGGAGUCCCCCAUGUCUAGACAGGACAGACGCACCUCCGUAGAGCUGAGCAUAAUUUUAGAAGCCCUUCAGAAGGCAAAGAGUGUCAUUCGAUGGGCACCACAUCCAAGAAUGGUGGCGGAUGGGCUGACAAAAGCUGAUAUCACCCGCACCAACGGUGCUCUGGAGGAACUUUUGAGGACAUCUCGUCUCACUCUUUGGGACGAAAAGCAAGAGCUUGAUCUUCGAAAGGACGAUCCAGCGGCAAAGGGACGAUCGAGAAGAGCGUCCACUAAGCACCGAUCGCUAGGAGCCACGGAGGAAUCGUUCGUUCUUUUGAGUCGAAUCAACAAGAACUUAGGGGUGCUGUCUCAGGUUACCACCUUUUGA